AAGGAAGGAACGAAUUUACGGGACGAAGAUUAAUGCCAAAUAGCCAGACACCUGGAAGCGGAUAUUGAAUUUUGUUGAAAGAACAAGAGAAAAGAAAAAGGGGAGGCCUGUUCGGUGUUGAGAACUCACGGCAACAUCACCACGAGGUCCUCAUUCUCCUCUUCCUCCAUCUUCUCCCAGAAGAAGAAGAAGAACUUCAAUUCCAAAACAAAACAAAAUGAAGAGAAAACACGCCGACGCCUUGAAGGUGGUAUGCCUCUCGCCAGUCUUCCACUCCGUCCGACAGCUCGGCUCGAGAACGUGGUUGAAACUCAAGGGUGUGCCCAUGGCAACUCCGAAACAGAAUAGCACACACCACAAGACGUCAGCAGCGGGGAGAAAAAGACAGCAGCAAGAUGGCGUGUGGUGCAAUCUGGUGGGUUUGCAGUCGAGGAUGGAUUUGACCAUGUAGGAGGAACGCCUUUUUCGUCUUGAAGAAGAAGAGGAAGAAGAAGGAGAAGAGGAAGGAGAGGAAGGACAAGAAGGAGAGGAAGGAGAAGAAAUCCAGGACAGAGAUGAUAAGGAUGACGAUGAAAUCGAAAUCGAAACAUCACCGGUCGCCACAAGCCCUCUACUACAACCAUCAUCAUCCCCACCACCACCACCACCACUACACAACAUCGAUUCAGUCCGGGCAAAAUCAAGUCGAGUCGCGCGCACGUCUCCGAGCUUUGUUCUGGAGCAAACUUUCUACUUUUGAACUGGAUUCGAAAGACUUUUGCGCGCUCUGGAGACAGAGAGAGAGAGAGACCGAAAGAGAGCUUUUAUCAGGAUGGUGAUUAUCAUGUAUGAGUUGAAGGAUUCAUGAUGGAAUUUGUUAUUGGAUCUUGGAGGAUGAGGACGAAGAUGAAGAUGAAGAUGGAUCAAGGGAAAUAUUCUUCCCAGAGUCGGCAGUUAGUGGCUGGGUAAUAGGCCCAGUUCAGCGGAAGAUCUCCUAAGCGUGUGCCCGCAGCGUCAAGUUGAGUGAAGUUGUUCAGUACAUCUAGGGGGGAGGAGGGCCGAGACCGUUUUCGGAUUUAUGCAGGCUAUCUCCGGUGGACAAGCAGCACGCACGAUAAAGACAAGGAUCAUUGAUGAGUGCGUUCCUGACCAUCUCAC